UGAUCACUAGAUGAAUAGAUUAACAAGCUAGCACUCAUACCGAGUUACCAAGACACAACAAGCAAGUAAACAAACAAACAAACAAACAGACCGACCGACGAGCGUGAGCUUGCAAGACACAAGGGAUCAAUUUACUAAUCGGGGGACGAUUCAGUAACAAAUCACGGAGCACCAAACAAUUCUAUCUCGUUUGGUAUAGUAACCACCGGAGACGCUCCAGCUUGCUUUCGUCAAACUUCAAGGUCGUUGGUAUUGGGGAAAUCCUAAGCAGAAAGCAAGCAAGCGGCCGUUCCGGCCAAAUCCACACCCCGGACCAGGAGCUAGCAGCCUAGCACUAGCAGGACCACUAUAAAACUGCCCCUCCCCUAGCUCCCAUCACCGAUAAUCUCCCCCAUUAAUUCCGUCUCCCGGGUCCUCGCGUCCAGUGUCCCCCUCCAGGCCUCCACAGCAACAUCAUAUCCCGGCCUCCAUCGAUCACCUCACAGCAAGUCGAAGCUAGACCCAAUCAUACUCUCCAUGGAGAAACGGAGAAGAAUCAGCUUGCGCGCCGUAGUCGCGGCGAUGGCAUUGAUGCUGUCGCUCGGCGAGGCGGCGUCUUACGACGGCGGGUCAAGCGGCUUGUCGCCGGGCUACUACAGCAAGACGUGCAGCAACCUGGAGAAGAUCGUGCUGCGGGAGGUCACCAAGAAGAAGAACGAGACGGUGGUCACCAUCCCGGCCGUGCUCCGGCUCUUCUUCCACGACUGCCUCGUCAACGGCUGUGACGCUUCAGUCCUAAUAGCCUCUCACAACAAUGAUGCUGAGAAAAACUCAGAGGACGACGAUUCCCUCGCCGGCGACGGCUACGACACAGUCAACCGGGUCAAGGACGCCGUUGAGCGGGAGUGCCCUGGCGUGGUUUCGUGCGCUGACAUCCUCGCCCUUGCUGCCAGAGACGUCGUAAACCUGGCAUACGGACCCUACUGGCCAGUGGAGCUCGGUCGGCGCGACGGCCUCAUCUCUAAGGCCAGCGAUGUCAAGGGAAAGUUGCCCGACCCAGAGAUGCACGUCAAGGAGCUCGCCGCCAUCUUCGACAAGAACGGCCUGUCCAUGCGCGACAUGGUUGCGCUCUCCGGCGCGCACACUGUCGGGUUCGCGCACUGCUCUCGCUUCAAAAAACGGCUGUACAAUUACAACAGCACCAUGCGGACCGACCCGUCAUUCAACAAGUACUAUGCACAGCAGCUCAAGGUGGCGUGUCCGCCCAAUGUUGGUCCGACCAUCGCUGUCAAUAUGGACCCCCUCAGCCCCGUCACCUUCGACAACAAGUAUUACAACAACCUCGUCAAUGGCCUCGGCCUCUUCACCUCCGACCAGGUGCUCUACACCGACGUUGCGUCGAAGAAGACGGUGGAGGAAUUCAACGCGAGCCAGGACCAGUUCUUCAAGGCGUUUGUGGACUCCAUGAUUAAGCUGGGAAGAGUAGACGUGAAGACCGGCAGCGCUGGAGAGAUCCGAAGAGAUUGCACUGCCUUCAACCACUAGAUGGCUGCAGCAGCAACUGUAAUUCAGAUCUAUUGUCUGAGUUUGAUAUACAUGUACCAUUUUUUAGGGGGAUUUGAUAUACAUAUACUGAGUUUGAUUCUUUUGCGUGAGGUUUACAACAUUUGAGGGUCGUUUUCUCUUCUUUUUUCUUCUUCCAUUUUUUUAUUUUUUAUUUUGCUUACGAUUUGUGGGUGCAUUUUUGUACAGCCUGAAGAGUGUAAUACCAUUGAGGAUUCUCUCUUAAGAAAAAAAAAAGUUUAAUCUAACGAA